AUGCUCUGGGAAAACAACUCAACAAUAGUGGUCAUGCUCACCAAACUGAGAGAGAUGGAGCGGGAGAAGUGCCAUCAGUACUGGCCCAGCUCAAGCACUGCCCGCUCUCAGUACUUAAUGUUGGAGCCCAUGGCUGAGUACAACAUGCCUCAGUACAUUCUACGGGAGUUCAAGAUCACAGACGCCCGGAUUCAUGUGACCGCAAAGUUGUCUUUGCUGCGUAUAUGUGUGUGUGUGAAGAAGGAAUCGGCCAGGCUUAGGAGACUGCUUAUUGCCAUUGGCGACUUGCCGUGA